AUGCAGAACUUCUCCAUGGAGGCACAGUUCCGGCCAGUUGUGAACCCAGACCGCAAGCUGAAGCAGCUCCCGACGGGCAAGGACACUCCGUUUGAAGAGGUCCAGCAGUUUGUGGAUCAUUUGCACUCGUCGGUGCCCCACGGGAAAGACAAGAAGAACUCCAAGAAAGAGAAGAAGAGCAGCUCAAGUCUCAGUAGUAGUGGUGAUGCAAAAGAUGACAGUGCUGCACGAACUCUGCGAAUCGAAAAGGGCCGGAAGGUCGAGAUGCACUUGGAUGUGAUUGCAGGUGACACCAUUCGAUGGGAAUUCAUAUCACGGAGUAGCGACUUUUGCUUUGUGGCGACGUACUUCCACGAAGUCCAGCAGCAGCCAGUGUGCCGUACCGACGGCGUCAAGAACAUGGCGAUUGCUGGCGCUUUUGAGAUCGAGUUCAACGGCAGCUUUGUGCUGAUGUGGCAGAACACACAGAAAGGUUUUACAAUCGACAGGAACGGGAUCAAGAUCACGUACGAUGUCGUGCACACUCGCGCUGCUGUUGACGAACCUCCUGUAAAUGCGACUUUUGCUGCAGCUGGACACGGUGGAACUCCACAAGUAACUUUACCCGAGACACAAGAAGGUUGUGAUGAGCCAGAGACUAUUGCUGGUCCGAACGGCGCUGUCAGGCUCACGGAUGACCAGAAGUGUGAAGUGUUUCGUCAGCCGGACCAUAUUCGGAACCCAAUCACUACAACAACAGCAUUUGUUGACUACUUCAAACUCACAGACGUGUCCAACAAACCUGAGAAGUCUGCCACCUCCACUGAGAAGAAAAAGUCGUCGUUCUUCAAGAUGUUCGAUGAUAAAAAGCACCAGCAAGCAUCGACGGCGUCGACGUCAAGGAGGAGUGGAAGCAUUACGACCAAUGGAGUGAAAAACACUUUCCGCAGUCUGACACUGUUGCCCACAACACGGCGAGUGCGGAAGGACUUCGAGGCCAAAGUGGUCAUGACCGAAAACUUCCCGUUCCAGCUUCGCGACUUCCUGCCAGUCAUCCAGUUCAUCUCCACUACGGGCGACCACGUCAAGAACCUCGAAGAGUUUUUCCAGAUGGUACGUAUCGUGGGCGAUCCUUCGCUUGUGUUGUGUAUGUAA